AACAACUACAGAUUUCCUUCCUCCUAUACAUCCGUAUAUUAUCAUCAGUUAGCUGCAAAAUAUGGCCUUUCAUGGCCUCCCGGCCUUCGUCUUUCCACUACUUUUGGUUUUUACCUUGUCGUCUAUGAGCUCCAAAACAAUGGUUGCGGGGGCUCGCAUUCUUCUGGAGACUAACUCCUUCCCUCAAGUGCCCCAGCUUCCAAAGCCUGAGCUUCCACCACUUCCCACUUUCCCAACUUUGCCAAAACCUCAGCUGCCACAGUUGCCGAAGCCUGAGCUGCCACAGUUGCCAAAGCCUGAGCUGCCCCAGUUGCCAAAGCCGGAGCUGCCACAGUUGCCGAAGCCCGAACUGCCGACCUUGCCGAAGCCGGAGCUGCCAACAUUGCCGAAACCUGAAUUGCCUACGGUACCCCAUGUUCCAACUUUGCCAAAGCCAGAAGAUCUCAAGUUGGCAGAAGAGCCCCAUGUCCCUGAGCUUCCAAAGCCAGAAUUGCCACCACUUCCUAAACCCUAAUUUCCCAACUUUGCCAAAGCCUGAGUUGCCAAAGUUGCCUGAAAUUCCACCACUUCCCCAUCUUCCCAGCUGACCUACCUAAGCCCACAUUGCCCUCCAUCCCAACCCUCCCCAAGGACACACCCCUCCCUUCUCUCAUUCCACCCCAAAAAACCACCCUUCCUUGAAUAUUCUUAAAUAUUGUUUUAGUUAAUUUGUUUCACUAUUUAAAUACAUCUUUGUAAUAUCAUUUGUCGUGUGUUUCUUUCUGAUCAUGUACUAGUACUCUUCCGAGUAUUAUUUUAACUUGUGUACUUAUUGUUACUACUUGUGAGUUCUGUUGGAUUGUUAUUAAUUUAAAAUUUAUUCGCAUUUUCAUGUAUGAGGAGGG